AGAUGUGUUCCCCGACAUCGGCCUUCGCGCGUACAUAUAUGCAGCGGAGCGGGGUGCCUUUCUACCGACAUCCGGCCAGCGAAACGCAACUCCAGCACCUCUACAACUACAGCACACCCCAGCUACAAAUCCUCCAACAUGGCGAGCAACACCUCUCUUCCUCUCGUGCUUGUGGUCGGCGCGACCGGGCAUACUGGCGGGAGCAUUGUCAAGGGCCUCGUCGCCUCUGGUAACUUCCGCGUCGCGGCGCUCGUUCGCCCCGCAUCGCAGUCCAAGCCGACCACGGAGGCACUCCGCGCGUCCGGCGUUGAGAUCCGCCUCGGCGACCUCACCGACGGCGUCGCGAAGCUGACAGAGGUCCUCUCCGGCGUCGACAUCGUUAUCAGCGCGGUCAUCGCGUCCGCCAUCGAAUCGCAGAAGGACAUCAUCCGCGCCGCAAAGGAGGUCGGCGUGAAGCGCUUCGUUCCCUGCGACUUCGGUACUCCCGGAAAGCGCGGUGUGCGCCACCUCCUCGACGCGAAACUAGAGAUCCGCGACCUGAUCGAGGAACUCGGCGUGCCGCACACGUACAUCGACGUCGGCUGGUGGAUGCAGCUCUCCCUCCCGCUCCCGACGCGCAGCGCGGUGCCAGACGCGUGGAAGGCGGUGACCUACGCGCUGCACGGCCCGGGCGGGCUCAAGAUGCUUGUCACGAACCUGCACCACAUCGGCGUGUUCGUCGCGCGCAUCGUCGCAGACCCGCGCACGCUGAACCAGGCGGUGAUCGUGUGGGAGGACGAGCUCACGCAGCUCGAGGCGCACGAGAUCGGCGAGCGCGUCUCCGGCGAGGCGGAGGUGCUCAAGGCGAAGCGGACCUACCUCACUGCGGAGGAUAUCAAGAAGUUCGGGGAGCAGGCGGACGCGGCGGUCGCGAAAGACCCGACAAGCUACCUGGCGCACGCGAUGCAGUCGCAGAACGAGUACAUGUACAGCUUGCACGUCCUCGGCGAGAACACGCUCGCGAACGCGAAGGCGCUCGGGUACCUGGACGCGCAGGAGCUGUACCCGGACCUGCCAAAGCUCACCCUGGAGGAGUUCGCGAAGGAGUACUACACGUUGCCGGAGCCUGGCAAGGAGUUCCUUGGGGUCUGAUCGCGUGCUUAAACUAGAAGCGUCGCUUGUUUAUGUAUGCUGUAUCGAGACGGAAGGCGUGGCUGAAGGCAUGGAAUGUGAGUUCCUUUAGAGCAAGGACGUAUCUGAGUGAUG